CUCAGCAGGACCGGUAUUCCAGCUGUGGGUUCACGCCGCGGUCGCUGCUGCUGACGUGUGCCGGCCCGUUGUGGGGCUGCGGGUGCGGGUCGCUAUGGCGGUGGACAUCACGCUGCUGUUCCGGGCCAGCGUGAAGACCGUGAAGACGCGGAACAAGGCGCUAGGAGUGGCAGUGGGCGGCGGGGUCGAUGGCUGCCGUGAUGAGCUGUUUCGCCGGAGCCCCCGGCCCAAGGGCGACUUCUCCAGCCGGGCCCGCGAAGUGAUUUCUCACAUUGGCAAACUGAAAGAUUUUCUUCUGGAACAUAGGAAAGAUUAUAUUAAUGCUUAUAGCCAUAUCGUAUCUGAAUAUGGGAGGAUGACAGACACAGAACGAGACCAGAUAGACCAGGAUGCUCAGAUAUUCAUGAGGACCUGUUCUGAAGCAAUUCAGCAACUGAGAGCAGAAGCCCACAAGGAGAUACACUCCCAGCAAGUGAAGGAGCACAGGACAGCUGUUUUGGAUUUCAUUGAAGAUUACUUAAAAAGAGUGUGUAAACUUUACUCAGAACAAAGAGCCAUCCGAGUUAAAAGAGUGGUGGAUAAGAAAAGAUUAUCUAAACUGGAACCAGAACCUAAUACAAAGACAAGAGAAUCCAUAUCUUCUGAGAAAGUUUCACAAGGUCCUGUAAAAGAUUCUGAAGAAAAACCUACCACUGAAGAAUAUCCAGAAAAGAAUUCGGCUGAAGCACAACCUGAGUUGGGAACCUGGGGAGAUGGCAAAGGUGAAGAUGAAUUAUCCCCAGAAGAAAUACAAAUGUUUGAACAAGAAAAUCAGCGACUAAUUGGUGAAAUGAACAGCUUGUUUGACGAAGUGAGGCAAAUUGAAGGGAAAGUGGUUGAAAUUUCCAGACUCCAAGAGAUAUUCACAGAAAAGGUUUUGCAACAGGAAGCCGAGAUUGACAGCAUCCACCAGUUAGUUGUAGGGGCGACUGAGAAUAUCAAGGAGGGCAAUGAGGACAUAAGAGAGGCCAUCAAAAACAAUGCCGGCUUCCGCGUGUGGAUCCUCUUCUUCCUCGUGAUGUGCUCCUUCUCCCUGCUCUUCCUUGACUGGUAUGACAGCUAGCCUGGGCCCUGCGCCACACAGCCAGGCUACAAAUUGUGCGCUCUCCUUCAUCUCUGACGCUGGAGCCUGUGGGGACCAAAUUUUAUCACAGAGCCAUUUUGAGGGCAGUGGGGCCUGAGGCAGACAUGUACUCCCACCAAAGGGACACCCAAAGCAGUGUGGUUAAGCCCAUUUAGCAGCUGAAAAGGAAAACAAUGCACUUAAGUAGCAAGUGGUCUUUGUGGUUGCCGGAAGGCAAGACAGUGAACAAGAAAGCCUACUGUGAACUGCACUGAACCGGGCUGCCUGGGCAGAGGGCUGCCCCAGGGGAGGGGCAUAGCAGGCUGGAAACUCCCCAGAUUGUCUCAGGGCUUAGAGGAAGUCACUGGCCUUUCUUGUCCUGGUAGCUUCAGGGAAGAACAUGGUUCAUAAGGCCUCUCCACAAAUUAUUACUUGUUUCCUGGGGUUUCUUGCUGCCUGAGUCAAUCAAUACACAGACACAUUGUAUCAUAGGAAAUUCACAUUUGCCUUUGUUAAUCUAAUAAAUACAAUUACAGCCACUAA